CUCGAUUGCCACUCAUGCUCAUUUCAUCAUUUCAUUAUGAAAGAAACCUUGCAGCUACCUUUCUAAUUAUUUUUGCAGUUUGAAUUUCAAAACGGAACAUUCUAAGGUUGUUCCUUCAAAGUUCUUUCUGAGUUUAAGGUAAAGUUCAAGGCACAUCCAAGAAACUGGACAAAUGUAUCCACUGGACAAAUUUCCUCAGGAAUGAUAGCAAUGUCAAAAAAACACUAAUUUCAAUACAUUCACUCAGUGCAUUCUUUAAGUCCCAUUCUCAAGCCCCAUACUUCAGGCAUAUCACAGAAAAACCACCACUUCAGUGAAUAUACAAAUGGUCCCACAGUCCAUUUAACGUUUCAGUCACCGAACUCUAAAUGUAUGGAUAGUAUUCCCCGUGACUAUCACAUAAAACAGUCGUGCUACUUUGGCGCCAUCCACCGGCAACAACCCGAUAGACUAGAAUAUGUUUGCAGGAUAGGCUUGACCCACUCAAUUAUAUUUCGCUUUCACAGUUGACAUAAUUUGGAGUUCUGUCUCUGAAAAAGAAGUUCGGUAAGCAACAAUAAUCAAUUAUGGGUGUCAUCUUGUUGAAUUAUUUUGAAACUUAUAUUAUUAAAAAUAUCGUUUAAAAAAACGUGUACUUACGAUCGAUGCAAUUGUAAUUAGUUUAUCCUAAAAUAUAAUAGAGAAUUUGUAUAUAACAGACAUGAGCCCAUGUCACGUGUUACGAAGGACGGGAUUUCCUUGUCACCUUCAAGUAAUGUGAUGCCUGUGAUCGGAGGAAGGCAUGCGGUGUUCCUCGAGUGAAAAUGACAGACAAGCAUCCCAUCGUUUUUACCAUAAAGCAGACGUCAGUGGCUUCGCAGUCCUUGACUCUAUGGACUCACAUGACGUUACGACGAUGUUGGAGUGUGCUGUUCCCGCUUCGGAGGUCGCCAGACAAAGAAUGGGAUCAGACACUGAAAACAGUUACGCACAUACACGGGGAGAGAUAAGUAGUACUUAUAUAGGCUGCUACCCAAAUCGAGCUGGAUUUCAGCGAAAGAGGACAGAGAAAGAAAUAUUUGGGUGAAUAUUGAGAGGAGACAUAAUCAGAUAGAGGAAUAAGUGGACCACCGGUUGGAUUCCUUGCUGCUGUGGGUUAGUGGAUUAGUAAAGUGUGAGUACUCUGGAGGUCUCCAUCCUUUUGCCUUGUGACUGAAAAGCGCUGAAAUUGAGACAGCAUCAGAGUGUGGCCUAGGCACUUUCAGAGUCUCAGUGAGCAUCAGCACGUCAGUGUGGAAUGGGCCUCACUCUUUGCCGGUGGCUGUGUCCUGACCGCACUUGGAGAAAAAGGGCCCCGCCCUCUUUGUCCUCCUCACCCUUCCACCCUCUGGCUGUGACCGCACCGUUCCGACUGGCUGUCCUGUUGGACGGCCCGCCUGCCUGCUUCACCGGCCCCAAGUCCUCUUGGAGCCCCGUGCACCACUCCCCCAACUUCUCCCUCUCCCGGGACGGGACUGUGGCUCAGCGCACUCCUGCGGAGCAGAGCACGGACGGGGUGCGAGGGGCAGAGGGGGAGCAGGGUGGGCUGCACGUGUGGGCGGUAGACUGGGACCCAGCAGAGAGGGGGAGCCAUGCCGUGCUGGGGGUGUCCACUCAACACUGCCCCCUGCAGGCGUCUGGGUACACAGCGCUGGUGGGAGGAGACGCUGAGUCUUGGGGCUGGGAGCUGGGCUCCAAUGAGGUUUGGCACAACGGCGUGCCGUGUGGCCGCUACCCCAGGAUGGGGACAGAGCUGGGGGAACAGGAGCGAGAGCAGUGCCCUCUGCUGGCCGUGCCAGGUCGUGUGCUGAUGGUGCUGGACGGGGAUGCUGGGACUCUGGGCUUUGUAGUGGACGGCUGCUUCCUGGGCAUGGCUGUGUGGAAUCUGCCUCUCGGGGUGCGGCUCUUUCCUGCAGUGAGCAGUGUGUGGGGGGGGUCCCGCAUCACCCUGCGCUAUCUCAAUGGAGGACCCAGAGAGCCCCCGUCACUCACAUCUCUGUGCUGCCUCUCAGUCCGCUUGUCCCUGGAGAGGGAUAGGGAGACACCCCCCGCCCUGGAGAGGUUCCUCUGGCAUGUCCCACCUGGUCUAAAGCCACUUCUCAGGAACAGCACUUGCUAGCACUAAAGGCUUGGCAUGCUGUUUUUCCUGUCCUCACACACAGACACGUAGUGCAGGUGUGUGAACUUCAUUCCUGAACACGUAUAGCUGGUUUGGUGGGUGUGUGGAAAACUUUGGAAAAUAAAUCAAGAAUAAGAAUAAAUGACAAGUAUAUUUCCUCCAGCUAGUUUUACUUGCUGAAAGACAAUUCAGAGUAAGUUUUUCAAAACUGUUAGCUGCUGAACUAAGCUUGCAUAUGCUCAGUAGGCUAUGUCUGGGGCUUCCAUCCCCACAAUGGACACAAUUAGGAAAUUCUUUCCUGACAAUCCUUCAUAAAAAAACAAAAAACAAAUGUUAAUUUGAUCUUAAAUAUUGAGCACUACUGUGAGCUCCAAAUGUAUUUCCACAAAUGAAAAUGUCAUGGAAUUAAAAAAAAAAAAAGAUAUUAUAAAGAUAACUGUAGUGUUUCUUCGAUCCUGUUAUCAGUAAUGGUGUCUGAUUUACAAAUAGUCUAUAUGGUCUGUAGACUUUACUUAUUUUGGAAAUGUCUUUUUUGAUGAACUAAUCAAAUUUGUGAAAAUGUAAAAGCUACCAUCAUUGGGUCGAAAUACAUUUCUUAAGGUAAAAAUUAAACAAUGUAAUAAUUAUUACAUUACAUUCCAUUCCAUUACAGGCAUUUAGCAGACGCUCUUAUCCAGAGCGACGUACAAGUGCAUUGGUUCACGGUGUAGAGGUGCAAAAGAAACACACUAGAGUGAAGUAAGGAUCAUAGUGCCAGAAGUUACUUACUUAGUUAAGUUAAGUUAAUUACUUUUGAAGUAUUCGUUUUUAGGUGAAAUGUUAAGACUUCAAAAUUGUGAAAUGAAAUUAGAUUCAACAGAACAAAUUAAAUUAUUAUCCUAUUUCACAAUAACCACUUGCAUCUUACACAAUAUAUGCGUGCCAUAAAUAAAGUUUAAAAGGA